GGGAGUUAUGAAACUAUUAAGUUGUUUAAACAAAGAUUGCUUUUUCCACAGUAUAAUCUUAGAAAGAGAAAAGAAUAGUGUGUUGUUCUUGAAGAAAAAGAAAAGCCUAAUUGAUCUGUUUCUGUCAUUUUAGCUUAACAAGAUGCAGAACAGUCCCUUCCCUUCAUUUGAACUGUUUUUAAUGAUGAUUAAAGUCAUCUAACCUUCUAACUAUACCCAAAUGAAUUUUCCAAAAAAAAAAAAACGACUGUAACGUAUUUUUGGCUCAAAAUCAUGUCGAAAAGUCAAAUUUACGAUUUUAUUUUGACGGGUUUUCAUUAGACCCAUUAAGCAAAUUAAAGAGAAUAAAGAGUACAAAUAUCAACUUAACUCAUCCACAUUCAAGGAUAGAAAAUGAUUGGAUUAAAAAAAUUUCGGUAGCUUAAACAAAACCCAUUUGGUAACUUGUGAAAAAUGGCUAAAGCAAUGCAUGGGCAAGUUGAACAGUGGAAGCAAAAGAUCAAAAAAGUGAGAGUGGAUGCAGUUUUGGGUCAGGAAGGAGAGAGAGUUCACAGAAUAAAUAACUAAUUUUACAAAACGGGAAAUUUUGUUUGGAAAAAGAAGAGAGAAAGUACAAAAGAAUAACGACCAGAUCAAAGUGGAAGGGAAGAGCAGAAGCAGAGGUGGGAAAUUCCUUAAGGAAGGAAUAGUUUUUGAGUAUGGCAGUUAGGUUUUGAGUAGGUUCCUCAACCAAACCAUCAUAUGGGCCAUGGGGAUGAUCGCCUUCAACAAUCUCAGCCGUCAGAUUUGGAGAAGCGUAGGAGUCUCAGUUAAAUACACGUGCUGCUCUCAUCUCUCUUUUAACCUUCUCUCCUUCUCUUGCCUUGCAUGGAUUUCUCCUCUAAAUAUAGUCAAGCUUAGACCCUAUAGAGAGAGAGAGACUCUCAAAAUUUUGCUUGCUUUCUCCCCUUUUAAACUUUUCUUCCUUUGCUUUGCUCUUUCUUCAAACCUAUUAUUAGUAACAGAGGUUACAGAUCACACCCAAUUCUUCCAAAUUCUCUCUCUAUUGCUGUUUUAAAUCUCUUACCUUGUACUUCAACAACUCAUUAGGAGGUUAGUAGUGAAAGAGAGAGAGAGCUGGUAGGAUGAUGUUUACUGGGUCUUCUUCUUUUCCACUUUUUAUGCUUCAGAUCUUGUUCUUGCUCCACAAUUCUUCCAUUUCUGAGGUGGGUUCAGUAGUUGCAGUUGCAGCAAGAAUUUUUCUAUGAUCCACCAGAAAUUGGGUUGAUGUUCUGAUCUGGGUUCUGUUUACUUUUCUGUAUUCAUUGUGAAUUGGAUCUUGUUUCUAGUGUUAUGAGAUCAAGAAUUGCAGCAUCAGUUGAAGCUCUUGGGUUGAUCUUGAAGUUUCAUUAGCUUUUUCUUUUUGUUUUGUUUCUGUUCUGGUUUUACUUAAACAUGGAAGCUAAUCUAGGAGCUAGACAUGUUUGUAAGCUCUGCAACAAGAGUUUUCCUUGUGGGAGAUCCUUGGGAGGCCAUAUGAGGUCUCAUUUGACCAAUAAUUUAGCUGAUAAUGAUGAGAAACACAGCAGAACAAGUUUUCAACUCGCCAAUUACAGUGCUGGAAGCAUAUCAAAUAUGGAGGAGACAGAUUUGGAAGCAGGAAAUUUAGCUGGUUUUGGUUAUGGACUCAGAAAAAACCCAAAAAAGACUCAGAAACUUGAGUUUCUAAGUGAAGAAUCUUCACUGCCAGAAAAGUUUUGCAGAGAAUGUGGUAAAGGGUUUCAAUCAUGGAAGGCUCUGUUUGGGCACAUGAAGUGCCACUCUGAAAGAGCAGUAGUUUCCAGUAGUCAAGAACUGGAAGAACCAGAUUCCCAUAUCACAGAUGCCAAACAGAAGCUGGUCAUGGAUAUCCAAUCUGAUAAUGAAACUGAAGCUCCAAACAGAAGGAAGAGAUCAAGAAGAAGAAGAACAGCCCAAUUAGGCACUGCCAUUGGGACUGCAAAUUCAACUUCUUUCUCUCUUGCCACCAAUUCUUCCUCUGUUUCUGAAAUGGAGCAAGAACAAGAAGUUGCCAUUUCCUUGAUGUUGCUUUCCAUGGACGUGGGCAAUUGGGUCAAUUUCAAUUCCCCAGCUGAGUCCUCAGAUAACAAUUCAAAGUUUCUCGAAGCCCCAUCUGUUGUUGAGAGCAAAACCUCUGUCUCCAAUGGCGGUGAGUUAGUGAAAUCAAACAAAAGACUCAAAGGGAAGAAAGUGGAGUUUGAAGGUAAGCAUUCAGAGCAGAGUUCUUCUGGGUUCACGACCAAAGGAAAAACAAUAAAGAAGUCCUUACCAGAUCAAAGAGCUGGAUCUAAAGCUUCCCUCAAGAGAAACGACCAAAACCAAUCUCGAUUGAACUCUGAGAUGUUCUUGAAAUCCCCAAAGAAGACAUUAGCAGAGUUUUGGGAUUCAAAAAUCUACAAAAAACCCAAAAAGAGAAGCAAAUUCGAGUGUGAUAUAUGCAAUAAGAUCUUUCACUCAUAUCAAGCACUUGGUGGGCAUAGAGCGAGCCACAAGAAGCUAAAGGGCUGCUACCUGGCCUCCGCCAUGGAAGAAGAAGAGGAAGAAAUGGGCAGCGAGAGUAGCGCAGAAAUUGCCAUUUCCGCAAACCCAACAGCCGAAAGCAAGCUCUCGAAAGCCCACAACAAUGGCGGUCGAAGCUACGAGGAAAUGGGUUCGCAGAUUCCAAAAAAGAGCAGCAAACACAAGUGCCCAAUUUGCGAGAAAGUUUUCGCAUCAGGGCAAGCGCUUGGUGGGCAUAAGAGAUCGCAUUUGGUGAGUGGAUCAGAUGCCAAAAACAGAGAAACAGUUGAAAUCCGUAAGAAAUUCCCAGAAGUUAGGGGGUUUUUGGACCUGAAUCUUCCUCCUGAACCUGUCGAAAGGGAAAUCAAGGACCACAAUAUUGGGUCAUUGAAGCCAUGGUGGGUUGCAGCCAGUGAACACAAGCAUGAGGCUCUUGUGAAUGUGGGUUUUCAUAUCUAACUCAUCACUUCUUCCAUUUUUCAACUUCAAGUAAAAUAAAAAAAACUAAAAAAAAAUCAAGAAGAAGAAGAGGAUUUAAGAGGUUGUAUAGUCAAAAUACUUUCUGGGUAUCAUUUCAUUUCAUUGAUUCUUUACAUUGUGGUUGAAGAUCCCUCCAUUAAUGCUUCAAAAUUGCAGCUUUGUUUUUUUUUUUUUGUUUCUAUUGUAUAAUAAAAAAGGAUACAUUUUUUCUAAUGGGGUUGGGUUUUGUUAAGUGAUCUUGUUCUUGGAGGGUCAUUAUUUUAUCUUGGCACCAAAGAGAAAUGAGUGAUGCCUUGAAAGAUGGGAAUGGUAUAAGAAAGUCAUGGGAGAGAAAUAAAGGCAAGAUUUAAGAUACAA